GGUACUUGGGGCGGCAGGUGGAGUUAUAAUUAUAGAUUAGAAAAAAGCCACCUCAGCAGCUGCUGCUUCUGUUUGUUCCCGGCUAUUACUGUCAUCAGUGGGCAAAUUGGCAUAAACAGGCUUCCACAAGUGGAAAAUCAUUUAACUUCUGUACUUGUCUGGGUCCUCUCAGUGGCCAGAGACUAGAAAGAAAAUCUGACUGUGCACGAGCGAAGCGUGAAAACGAAGACUUCAACACCGACCUGGAGGCGCCCAUUCAGCGGGAGCCUUAAAGAUUUUCUUUCCCGUCGGAGACUCCAAACCAAAUAAAUAGAAAAAAAAACUAUCCAAGAUGACUGUCACUUACUCCAGUAAAGUAGCCAAUGCGACUUUUUUUGGAUUUCAUAGGUUACUCCUCAAGUGGAGAGGCAGCAUCUACAAACUACUGUACAGGGAAUUUAUUGUUUUUGCUGUUUUUUACACAGCAAUAAGUUUGGUGUACAGGUCCGAAGCAGAAUGCAGCCACACAGCUGUCUCCGUUAGGAUGACACCGAUGACUCUGCAUGGGCGUGUUUCCAAGCUGAGCAGCAUGCCAGAGAAGCCACCGCUUGCCAUAACCAGCAUCAACCAUACGGCUCGCCUUCAGGGCUGCUUUUGCUAACUUAACACCAAACAAGUUUGAGGAUUUUACGUUACUCUGGUCGUGAACCGAUGGUGGAACCAGUUUGUGAACCUGCCCUGGCCAGACAGGCUGAUGUUUCUCAUCUCCAGCAGCGUUCAUGGCAGAGACGAGCACGGGCGCCUGCUCCGCAGGACUCUGAUGCGCUACGUCAAUCUCACGUCCCUGCUCAUCUUCCGCUCCGUGAGCACCGCAGUGUACAAACGCUUUCCGACGAUAGACCAUGUGGUGGAAGCAGGCUUUAUGACACCAGAUGAAAGAAAAUUAUUCGACCACCUCAAAUCUCCUCAUCUAAAAUACUGGGUUCCAUUCGUCUGGUUUGGAAACCUGGCAGCUAAAGCCCGGAAGGAAGGUAGAAUUAGAGACAGUGUUGAUCUGCAAUCAUUGAUGACUGAGAUGAACCGGUAUCGCUCUUGGUGCAGCCUCUUAUUCGGUUACGACUGGGUUGGGAUCCCAUUGGUUUAUACCCAGGUUGUCACUCUGGCUGUCUACACCUUCUUCUUUGCGUGCCUCAUUGGACGCCAGUUUUUGGAUCCCACCGAAGGCUACGCGGGGCAUGACUUAGAUCUUUACAUUCCAAUCUUUACUCUCCUACAGUUCUUCUUCUAUGCAGGAUGGCUCAAGGUAGCUGAGCAGCUUAUCAACCCUUUUGGAGAAGAUGAUGAUGAUUUUGAAACUAACUGGUGCAUUGACAGAAAUCUGCAGGUCUCUCUUUUAGCUGUGGAUGAGAUGCACAUGAGCUUACCUAAGAUGAAGAAGGACAUUUACUGGGAUGAUUCUGCUGCUCGACCACCAUAUACACUGGCAGCUGCUGACUACUGCAUACCCUCAUUUCUAGGGUCGACAGUCCAAAUGGGGCUGCCUGGGUCCGAUUUACCUGAUGAGGAGUGGCUCUGGGAUUAUGAAAGGCACGGCCAUCGCCAUUCCAUGAUUAGAAAAGUCAAGAGGUUCCUGAGUGCCCACGAACACCACUCCAGCCCCAGGAGCAGAAGCUAUGGGAGGCAGGCCAGUGACAGCUCCAUGUUCUUUCCUCACAGCGACCUCAGCCCAACCAAGGAUUUUCUGGAUGUGCCCUCGAGAAGCCCCCACCGGGCCUCAGCUUCCCGGAAGCAAGUCUACUCCCCAGAGGGGAGCCCCAGGCUACACUCCAGCCUGGGAGAACUAUCCACAAUCAGGGAGACCAGCCGGACAAGCACUUUACAGAGUCUCUCCCCAUCGUCCAGCGUGAGGGCCUCCCCCACCAAAAUGCCACAGGUCCCUGAGGUACUGAUCACAGCACCAGGGCCCACGUCCGAUGACCACCACCACGACUCCACUGCGUCCAUCCAGAGCUCUGAGUUUACUGGGGUUCAGCCAAGCAGCACUGGGCAGCAGGAGGACCCUGCAGGAUUGAUCCUGUCCCCCUCGGAGAAGGGGACACCUUCUGUUUCAGCCAAAGCUGAGAGAAACAUCUUCAGAUUUGUCCCUGAGGAAGACCCUGAUGAGAAUGACAAGUUCCCGAAAAGGUGGAGCCUCCCAGGAUUCCUGGAGUCCAGCCACACCUCCCUGGCAGGCCUAAGUCCCGAGCCGGUGAACCCUGAGCCAGCUCUUUUACUUGACACAGAAACAUCCUCAGAGACCAGUGGAAUCAACUUUGUGGCGGGCUCUCCGGUCCCUCCCGAUGUGCUGUAUUUAAUGGAAAACCUGGACACCAAGGAAACGGAUAUCAUAGAAUUUAACAACGAGCAAACAGAGGAAUCGCCCAAAGGAAUGCCGGAAAGUUCUAGGGCCUGGUUCUAGUCUAAAGUCUUACUUUCCCAAAAGUUCAGCAUUAGUUCCAGAACAUACCUGGAGGGUGGGGGCUGGUCAAUUUUUAAAAAAACAACCAUACUGUAUAAGCUAUUUAAAACUCUGAAGGGCAUUAUGAUCCUGACUUUUUGAGAACUAAAAAAAUCAAACACAUUCACAUCAUCCAUCACAAAGUGACUUUCAUGGACAUUACACAGACCACAGUGAUGUAUCUUAACCAAAUAAGGAAUCUUAAAUAUAUAUAUAUAUAUAUAAAUGACUUAUAAAUCAUAGAUUGUUAGCUUUGGGAAGGGCCUUGUAGAUCAUAAUCCAAUCCCCUAGUUUUACCAAUAGGGACACAAAGCAUUCUUUGUUUCUUUUUUUUUUCCUUUCUUCUCUUCAAUUAUAAAGACAGGGAGAUGGUUCAUAUAAUGCCUCAAAGUCCGCUUCCUAAUUAUGAUUUUUUGUUUGAGGCUUUCAAACCAUUUCACUCCCACUUUGUAAACUAUUAUCACCUCCAAAUUCUCAAGCUUCAUCAGCAUCAGAAAGCUCCACCUCUCUCCAAUUUCUUUUUCCACUUUCAGAACUUCAUUUUUCUCUCGUCCCCCUUUCUUCUCCAAUGCUUUUAUCCUUCCCUUCCUCCUAGUCUGGCUCCUUGUCUAGUGACUCUAACCUGUCCCACCUUUCAGGUUAUAAUACUUUCUCUUGCCAACUCGGUUGUUACUUCUUGCCAGAGUUUUAAAAACAUAAGGCAUUGGUAAAGCCUCCGACAGAAGAACUGACGAUGUCAACAAACCCACCUUGACACACUUCCGACCUCAUGGUGGAAGGGGCAUGGGAGCUGAUGCUAUCCGCCACACCCUCGGCCGCUGCACCCAUCUUUCUCUGCACUGACUCUUAGGUCUUGAACUCAGGAGAAUACUGAAGCCAUGGGGGCAUGAAACUUGCAUAACCAAAUGCUAUGUAACCCAAAAAUAGCAAGGCUUGAGUGUGUUUAACUUGAACUCUUAAAGCAAAAAUCCCUAUCAGGUCAUAACGUGGGACCAGUUACUGUGCUGCCAGGUUGUUUGGGACAAAGUAGGAUAUUGGAGCUGGGAGGCGAAGGGGGCCCAGGACUGCGUGGUGGGGAUGGGAUGCUGAUGGUCUCCCUCCAAGGAGCUCUCGAGGUGGCUGUUUGUUGGGGGCUCCCAAUUUGGUCUGGAAGGCCACGCCUUGUGAGUACUGCUCUCAUUAUUUCUGUCAUAGGAUGAAACUUGACUACAUAUGGCCUUAGAAAUAAAAUCACUCUCAUAGCUACCAUUUAUUGAGCGCUCAGUGUUCUAGGCAGCAGCAUGCGAAGUUCCCAGAUGGUCACUAAUCCUCACAGGAAUCUUAUGAGUUGAUAUACCGUGUUUCCCCGAAAAUAAGACCUAACUGGAAAAUAAGCCCUAGCAUGAUUUUUCAGGAUGCUUGUAAUAA